UUGAUGGAGCGAGAGGAACCCACUCGCAGACUCUUUUUUUUAGCUCAUGUGUUUCUACCUCAUGCUCUCUAGGAAACAUUGGCCUGAGAGCAGGGAGAACGAGACAUGGGGGGAGGGAAAAACAUUUUCUGAAGUCUCUGGUCAUCUGUGUGCAGUCUGCAGGUAAAGGUAUCAUGGUGUAAAAUAUUGAUGGGGCGACAAGUGUGAUCCUAAACGCCGGGCAGGUCUUUGCCCUUCUGAUCGAUGCAUCACACAGCGAGGGGCUGCCAGCAACCCCGCCACAGGCCGAACCACGGACCUCAGUACUGAUUCACGGAGCCUCACUCCUCCUGGAGGAGGAGGUGGAGGUGGAGGUGAGCGGGCAGAGGGAGGUCAGGGAGACCGGCCGCUCGUCCGGGAGCUGUGGUUCAUCGUAGUGAUGACGGCCAUCGCCCUGCUGCUGCUGGCCAUCGUGUUAGGUGUCAUGCUCCAUAAGGCCCUGAACAAACCCCCCUUCACCAGAGAGAGACCCCCGCUGGUGUCCCUGCCCAUGAAGAAGAGGCGCCCCAUGGCUGUUUAUCCAGCCAGCAACUCGGUUUUUGUGAGAGCACAUUUACUGUCACUAUUCACUACAUGAAGAAACAACCUGUUUAAUGGUCGACACUCUGCCUCGUCGCAGCAGAGAACAACAGACCUGUAACUUAGGACAAGUAAACUAGAAUACACAGUUAUAUAAAAUAUACAAUAGAAUACAUUAAAAAAAAGAUUAGUCACUAGUUUUGUUUUAUUACACAGCUCUCUCAUUAAAAAAAUUAUUAUUGCCCAUAUAUUAAAGUAUCUUUUUCUAUUCUAUAUUUGUGUUGUUGACUUUUGAAGUAGUUUGCCUGUAUUUUAAUUGAAAUGUUAUGUUUAUUUUAUACAUGCGGCAAAUUCCUUCUAUGAGGUCUGCGCUAUUUAACUAUGGAGUUAUAUUUGUGGCUCAUUUCUCAGCACAGAAAAAUACUUUUGCAAGCUCAAUAAUUAUAUUUUGUAGAUAAAUUAUCAUCAAGCAAAUAACUACUUAAUUUGAACAAACAAAAAAAAUCUAUAAAAAAUCUCAUUUAUGUUUUCCCAGGAAAAUCCCAGGCACAAAUAUAAUUCCAUAAUAUCAGUGAGACGGACUUGAUGAGUGUAAAUGAUACAUCCGCUCUCCUUUUCAGUUUGACACUGUGCCUGACACAACAGGCUUCUCCAACAGUGUGACACUCAAGGGCUUCACCAUGAAGAUAGAGGAAGUGCUGGAGUCUAAAUGUGAGCCCAUGGAUGAGGUCGCGCCACAGGGUGAGCUGGGGAUCCUCAGUGUGAACUCCCUGAGGCGCAGCGUCAGCCAGGUGAUGGACGGGAAGUCUCUCGCGGGAGACGACGACACCUGGGACCCAAACAUUUCAGGCCAUGACAGUGGGAUGGUGAGAGACCCCAAAAACUUUAUGGACGAUGAGGAAUUUGUUGACACCGUCAAAGGUUUCAGCACGGUGAGGAAGGAGCACACCAUGUUCACCGACACCAACCUGUGACCCGAGGAUGACCUCUGAACCUAACAGGACACACCGGCCAUGGAUGUUUAACAUUUUUUGAUAAGCGAGGCAACUCGCUGGCGUAAAACCCUGACCCGUUAAAGUGUCACUGUGGCUGCUUAGGAGCUGUAACGAGGUCAGACACAGGCAAGGUUUCUUCUCCCUCACUAAGGAAACAUGACUCAUGACAAGAUCACUGGAGUAACUGUGGCAACUGGGAGGAGAAAGGAAGCGAGGAUGUGAAGUUUUAGCACAACUUGUCAAAAUACAUUCUCUUGGAGUGGGAAAGAGGAAGUCAGAGUAGAGACUCCGAGCACACAUGGAGAAAAAGACAAACCAAAGAGACUGUGUGGUGAUGCAGCAGAACAUAGGUAUCCAUUUGAGCUUUUUUUCCCUCUAUAAAGAGUAUUUUUAACUGGUCAUUUUGUAAGAGGGAUACUUUUUUAUUUGACAGACAAACUGAGUUUCAUGACUGAGAACUUCUGCAGUCAUCUUCACACAUCUUUGGAAGUUUUUUGGUUAAUAGAAUAAAAAACCUGUUUGUCUGGUGGACCCGAGGACUAGUGAAUACAACUUACAUUAAUCACAUUUCAGGUUUGAGAAACUUUGAUGCAGGAAUUUGUUUUUAAACUACAGAACUGGUUUUCUUUUAUAACUUAUUUUUCAUUUUAAAAACUGUACCUGUGUCAGUCACUGUGAAAACCAUGGAUCUCCAAAUGUGGUAAUUUUGUUUGUUUUAGACAUAGUAGGUUUAAGUA